AUGCAUCAUCAUCGUAGUCCAAAUGAUAGUGGGGAACGGGAAGGCAGUUCCUUUGGACUUAUGACGGAAGCUCUUGAAAUGCAGCGUCGAAUGUGUGAUGAAGCCAUGGGGCUUGUAAAUGCUGGUGUAGCUAUGCAGAAUGCCACGCCUCCUAAUUUAAUCGAAGCAGAACGUAAACUUACACGUGCUGUGGAUAUUAUGGAGCAGGCACUGAGUAUUCGAUAUCGUUCAGCCGAUGAAAAAGAUGCAGCUGAUCGUCUUAAUAACAAGAUGAUGAGAUAUGUCAAGAUGAUUAAGAGUCAACAUGCCAAGAGUAUGAGCGUGGCAAGUGGUGGUGGUUCCAAAGGACGAAGUCUGAAUAAGCAUAAUAUCUUGGAAAUGGAACGACUUCCGGAAGUUUAUGCACCCGUCCUGCAAUUGCUCAAUCAUUCGAAUCAAUUGGGUGACAUUUGUGAGACACUGAAACGAGUUUUUGGCUUUCAAGACAGCAGUGUGCUUAAUCAGAAGGAGCAUUUGUUAUUGUUACUUACAAACUUUAAGGAACAGAGUAGCCAAGAUGAUGGAAAGAAGAAGAAGAAGAACAAGAAGAAACAGGAUGAUACCGAGACGAUUGAUGACUAUUUACGUCAACGUGACCCCCAAUUGGAGCUGGACUUGGCUAGUAAAGGAAUUGCACGACUACAUAGUCGUGUGUUUGCUAACUACAAGAAGUGGUGCAAAUAUGUGUCCCAGAAACCGAAAUUCUCGAACGAUCCACUUGUGGACAUUGUUCUCUUCUUUCUUAUCUGGGGCGAAGCAGCUAAUUUCCGUCAAAUGCCAGAGUGUCUGUGUUUUCUGCUGCAUACAAUGUUGCCGAAAGUCAAUAGUGGGGGCAACGAAGAACCAGGGACGUUCUUGGCGAACACGAUCCGCCCAAUGUACGCCGAGUUGCGUCGUGACAACGACAAAAGGACGAGCAAGGGCGCGCGGGCAGCUCACCGUGACAUUCGGAACUACGAUGACUUUAAUGAGUUCUUCUGGACGAAGAAGAGCUUGAAGUACGACUAUACUAACAUUGGUGAGGCUUUUGCCAAUUAUGACAAGAAGGGCCGUCCUAAGGUUGUCAAGAAGACGUACAACGAGACAAGAAGUUGGUUGCGUGCAAUCAUCUCCUUCCGCCGCAUCUUUUUCAUGAACUGUGCCUUGUUCUUGACAACGCUGGGGUUGGCCAUUGACAUUGUGCUGUACUGUCCCGAUUCACCCAUUAUGUAUGGCGAAGACGUACAGCCGGCUUCUUCUGUGCUACCCCUUGAAAUUUUGGGCAAGAAGUACGCAUCGGCAACAGAUUCAUCGCCAUUGGAAAACACUGAAGAUUCUCUUUCGGACGAAGUUGAUACGGAAAGUGGAGCGGAUACCCAAUGUUUGUAUUCCAAGUUGGCGACAUGUUUGGGUGUGGAAUACUUCUCGUCGGCUACGGAUACCUUUGGCACACUGCCUCAGGAUUUUAAACAGCUUUUGGAGAUUGUGCCGUUCACGGACUGCGUUGAGAGGACAAUUGGCAGGUGCAAAUGCUACCAUGACCUGAUCAACCGUUGUUUUAGCGACAUUGGUGACGCUGAUCAAGUUUCGACUACGGGAUCUGUUGUGUCAGUCGCAUACGACCAGCGCAAGUGUGCGCCAUCAUGGUUGGAUCAGGUCAACAGCGUUUUGGACGAUGAAGGUGAUGGUCUGCUAAACUGUGGCAGCUGUCAGACAGACAUUACCAGUCUUACCAAGGAUCCGGCUCGCAUCUUUAAGUUGCUCCAGGGCUUGAUUAAUUUUAAUCGGUCCGACCGGGGUGUGAUGGCUCUUCUUUUUGGUGCUGCCAUGAUUGGUCUUGUAUGCUUGUGUGAGCUACAGAAUCGGUUCUUUUCUGGCAUUGGCAUGGGCUUUGUGGGCCGAUCGAUGCCUGUUCCUAUGAAGACAUACUGCCGGUAUACGUGCUUUUGGAUCGUACUGUAUAUAUGCAAAUUGACGUUUGAUUAUCAGUUUGUGGUGAAAGCACUGGUGGAGACGACACUCUUCGUGUACUCGGCCAACUCAACGGACUUUCUCAAGUACUCUCAUUUCAUGCUGCAGUUUUCGUACCACAACAUCAUCUACAUCAUGUUCCUGUGGAUCCCGGCGUGGAUGGUGUUUCUUUACGACGCUCAGAUUUUCUACUCGCUUCUGUCUGUUAUUUACGGCUCGUUCGCUGGUUUCAACCUCCGCAUUGGUGAACUUCGAUCAUUUCGUAUUCUUCGUUUGACAUUCAAGUCCAUCCCUGGCGUAUUUAACCGCAAGAUGGUGCCGAAUAUUGUGGAGGAGAAGGCGAAAAAGAUGAAGAGAAGAAACAAAAAGAACAGAAAUGCUAGGGACGAGAUGGCCAUGCCUCUUCGUCGUUUCGAACGAAUCUCGAUGUCUCAGGGUGCUAAGCCUUUGACGGUGAAAACGCAAAAGUACUCGAGCCUGCUCGAACAGCGUGAUGAUGAUGAUGUAUACUGCCAGAUGAAGACCCCCAACGGCACUGACGAAGACGCGUUAUCUCAGUCGAGCCGCACCUCGAAUAUUGGCUCCAUCACGGGUGUGUCGGGGGCGGAGUUCGAACGCACCAUUCCGUUUGCGAUGGCAUGGAACCGUUGCCUGACCAGUUUGCGUGAAGCUGACGUCAUCAGUGAUCGUGAGCUAAACGUUUUGAGUUAUUUGAUUGAUUCCAAGGACACGGUGGGCCGUAAGCUCUACCCACCUGCCUUCCUGACGGCUGGAAAGCUAGAUGAAUCAAUUGAUAUUGUGCUCGAGUGCUCGGCGUUAUAUGAGAAGCUGAAAACCGAUAAAAAGAAGAAGGACAAGACGCUUCAGAAGAUUGAGACUACCAUGCGCGAGCGUCUGACAAAGGAUGAUUUGCGUGUGGAAUCAAUUCUGGGUUCAUACAAGUUUUCUUCUCAGGUUUUGCGCAUUUUGCUUGGUGAGGAACACAAGGAGCUGGACGACUGCUACAACUUUAUCGAGGAGAUGGCAUCGCACCAACAGAUCCUGAAGGGCUUGAAGCUGGAUAACCUUUACCAAUGCCGCGCUGCUGCUGCUGAACUUAUGAAAGCUAUUCUUGAGGUGCCAAAGAAGUCGACAGAAAGUAGCAUUAAGUUUCAGCGCGCGCUGUACAAGGUCAUCGACUCAGUGGAGUCGACGAUUAACUGCCUGAAGAUGGUGCUGGCAAAACAAGAAAACUUGGUGCAGAUGCUAAACGAUACCCCUUUGAAGCCUAACUCGUUCUUCUUCCCAGGCGAUUCUCAGCAUUACGCAAGCCUGCAGUUGCAAAAGAUUGUAAACGACGAAGCUGCUUUAGACAUUGUGUCACGUGCAUACCAGUUAUUGACAGUCGACAACUUUGAUGCUGAGCCGCGCUCGGAAGAGGGACGCCGUCGCUUGCGCUUUUUUGCCAACUCUUUGUUCAUGGACAUGCCGGAGGCGAAGCCUAUUCGCAAGAUCCGUUCGUUGACUGUGUCGACGCCUUACUACAACGAAAUUGUGAUGUACUCGAUCAAGGAUUUGACUGCUCAGAAUGAUGACUGCAUUAAGCUGUUAUACUACCUGCAGACUAUUUACCCUUUUGAAUGGGAGAAUUUGCUGGAACGUAUUCAGGCCAAGGACAUGAAUGAGGCUUUAAAGAAGAAUCCAGAGGAGGUUCAGUUGUGGGCAAGUUACCGUGGUCAAACGCUGGCUCGUACUGCGCGCGGUAUGAUGUACAACGAGGAAGCUAUUCGCUUCUUGCACUGGUUGGAAAUUGGCGAGAAUGAGCCGAUGCACCAACUGACGUGCUCGUGCAACAAGUGCUGCAAGCUGAAUGAGAUGGUAAAUCUCAAGUUUAACUACGUGUGCACGUGUCAGAUUUACGGAAAAAUGAAGGACGAACAAAAGCAUCAAGCUCAGGACAUUGACUUCCUGCUUCGCAAACAUCCUAACCUGCGUGUUGCAUACGUGGAUGGCCCGAAGAAGGUCAAGGACGGUCCUCCCAAGUUCUUUUCAGUGCUAGUUCGAGCAUUGGAUGACAAGGUUGUCGAAAUUUACCGCGUGGAGCUUCCAGGUAAUCCGAUCGUUGGUGAAGGUAAGCCUGAGAACCAGAACCAUGCCAUUAUUUUCUCGCGUGGUGAGCUGUUGCAGUGUAUCGAUAUGAACCAAGAUGGCUACCUCGAGGAAGCACUGAAGAUGCCAAACUUGCUGUCGACAAUGGACAGCGGCACUGAAAAACGUCCCUUGACGAUCAUUGGUUUCCGAGAGCAUGUGUUUACGGGCGGUGUGUCGAAUCUUGCCAGCUUCAUGUCAAUCCAGGAACUGUCGUUCGUGUCGCUGGGCCAGCGAAUGCUUGCCCUCUUCCAUGUGCGUCAGCAUUACGGCCACCCUGAUAUAUUCGACAAACUGUUUGCCAUGAGUUGUGGUGGCACUGCCAAGGCAUCCAAAGGUAUCAACCUUUCCGAAGACAUUUUUGCUGGUUUCAACAGUACGCUUCGUGGUGGGCGUACGUCUCACGAGGAGUUUAUCCAAGUAGGCAAGGGUCGUGAUGUUGGUAUGCAACAGCUAGCUCUUUUCGAGGCCAAACUGUCUUCUGGUGCUGGUGAAGCUGUGAUUUCUCGCGACGCGAUGCGUAUGGCAUCUCGCCUAGACUUCUUCCGUCUGCAUUCGUGGUUUUAUGGAAAUCUGGGGUGGUACUUUACGCAGUCUAUGACUGUGGUGGGAGUGUAUUUCUUUAUUUACGGCAAGGUGUACAUGGCGUUGAGUGGCAUGGACAGUUACUUCCUUGAGAAGGGCGGGCUGGGAAUCGCUGGCACAUUGAAUACGUCGUGGGCGUUCCAGUUCGGUUUCCUGUUGGUGGUACCGGUUAUUGCAGUGGUUGGCGUAGAGCAGGGUUUUCGUCAUGGUUUUACGUAUUUGUUGUGGAACAUCAUGACGCUAGGCCCCAUCUUUUUCACAUUCCAGAUGGGUACACGUAUGCAUUACUUUGACCGCACGCUGAUUCAUGGUGGCGCUAAGUACCGUGCUACGGGUCGUGGUUUCACGAUCAAGCACGAGAAGUUUGCGGAGCUUUAUCGCUUCUAUGCGUUCAGCCACUUUUACCGUGGAGUAGAACUGCUAUUCCUGUUGUUGAUGUUCUACGCCUACGGCACGUUUUCGUGGUGCAACUGCUCAUGGCGAUUAGAUAGCAAUUUCUAUAACGACGUCCAGCCGACAGACCUUGAGUGGCGAACGCGCUGCUACGCUGAUCACUAUCAGUCGUGUGUUUUGCCGACCAACCAGAACUAUGGUGUCAUGUCUUACUCGCUGUGGAUUAUUGCGGCGACGUGGAUGUGGGCACCUUUCUUUUUCAACCCGAGUGGCCUGGACUGGGACAAAAUCAUUGAAGACUACAAUGACUGGCAAAACUGGCUGAAAACGAACAAUGACUCGGCAGACAGUUGGUUUGGUUGGUGGUCUAAUGAGCAGGAAUACCUGGAGCACACGACCGGUGGUGCUCGCUUCAUUACUGGCGUUCGCAAGCUUCGUUUCCUGCUAAUUGCUGUCGGUAUGUACCUAAACAUGAUGUACGACGCGUAUUUCGAGCAGCCGAACAGGAUUAUCCGAUCUGAAGAUGGGAUAUUGACGUACGCUCUAUCCGCUUUGGUCAUUGUGGUUUUUGCGCUAUUGAUAUGCUGCGGUUACGUUGCUAGCCGUGUGACGAAGAAGAUGUCGAUGAAACAGCGCAAGUUGCGCAAAAUUAAAUUCCUGCUGUCGUGCUGCUGCUUUCUCAUCUCGAUGCUGAGUCUGACGGUGUUGUCGUUUGGCAAUCUGUUCGCAAUCUUUAUUCUGCUGAUGCUGGCGAUCUACUGGUUCAUGCAAGUGUGCAUUUUGCGCCUGCAGUACCACCACAUCGUCGUGCGCGCGCUAGCUCGCGGCUACGACCGUGCCGUUGGAUGGAUUGUAUUCGGGCCUAUUAUGAUUGUGUCAAUGUUCUUGCCCUUUCUCUCCUCGUUCCAGCAGCGUGUCAUGUUCAACAACGCUUUCACCUCGGGUCUCGAGGUAUCGAAGCUUUUCGCACACGAUGUGGCUCCAACGCAGGUUGUCAAGGUUAAACGCGUUUCAAAGAAGAAGAAAACCCGCGAUGACUAG